GAUUUGUUUGAGACUUUGUUUGCAGAAAUGGAGUCUGUGUGUUCAGUUCUCUCCUUCUCUUACCCAAAGCUUACUUCAAUGGCUACUCUUCAUUCUUCUUUCCGUAUCAAGAACGUGGCCUCCUCUGGCCAGAGAGUUGCAGCUACUGUAAAAACAUCUGAAAUUCCAAAUAAAACCCUCAACCCGUUUGAAGUAAUUUUGGGUACAAGCACUGCUGCUUCUUUACCUCCCAAGAAGGUUCUGGUGCCGAUUGGGUUUGGGACUGAAGAAAUGGAGGCUGUGAUUAUGGUGGAUGUUCUGCGGCGAGCGGGUGCUGAUGUCACCGUGGCCUCGGUGGAGCCACAGCUCCAAGUUGAAGCUUCUUGUGGGACUAAGUUGGUUGCUGAUACCUCCAUUUCCUCCUGUUCUGAUCAAAUUUUUGAUCUUGUGGCUUUACCAGGAGGAAUGCCUGGCUCGGUGAGAUUAAGGGACUGCGAAGUACUUGAGAAAAUUACAAGACAACAGGCUGAGAAAAGGAGGUUAUAUGGAGCUAUAUGUGCUGCUCCAGCAGUAACACUUCUCCCGUGGGGUCUUCUAAGGAGAAAGCAGACAACUUGCCACCCUGCAUUCUUUGACAAGCUACCAACCUUCUGGGCAGUCAAAUCAAACAUUCAAGUCUCUGGAGUGCUCACAACAAGCCGUGGCCCCGGAACUUGUUUUGUGUUUGCGCUGUGCCUAGUGGAACAGCUAUUUGGGGAAUCUGUCGCCAAGGAAAUUGGAGAGUUGCUGUUGGUGGGACCUGCUGAUGAUGAAUCUAGAAAGGAGGAGUUCAACAAAAUUGAAUGGUCUUUUGAUCACAUUCCUCGAGUUCUCAUUCCAGUUGCAAAUGGUUCUGAAGUGAUUGAAGUAGUGACUAUUGUAGAUAUUCUGCGGCGAGCAAAGGUGGACAUAACUGUUGCUUCAGUUGAAAAAUCUGUGCAGAUUUUAGCAUCUCAAGGCACCAAAAUCAUAGCUGACAAGUUAAUUGGUGUAGCUGCCAAGUCAACUUAUGAUUUGAUCGUUCUGCCGGGAGGAAAUGCUGGGGCUGAGCGGCUAAGCAGAUCUAGAAUUCUAAAGAGUCUCCUCAAAGAACAAGAACUAGCUGGAAGAAUGUAUGGAGCAGUAUGUUCCUCAUCAGCAAUUCUACUUAAACAGGGCUUACUGGAGGGUAAGAAAGCCAUAGCUCAUCCUUCCAUUGUGCGCAAACCUACAGAUGAGUUGGUGAACAACACCAAAGUAGUAAUUGAUGGUAACCUGAUCACAAGCAGUGGACUUGCCACUGUCGCAGAAUUUGCAUUGGCUAUUGUGAGCAAACUGUAUGGUCAUGCAAGGGCAAGAAGUGUUGCAGAAGGCCUUGUUUAUGAGUACCCGAGGACUUAAGCAGGUCUAGCGUGAAAAUCUGGUGGAUCAAAAUGCACUUUUUAUCAGUGCUUGGACAUGAAGAGUAUAAAUAGUCUGCCAAACUCACAUUCGCCAAUGAAAAGAGUUCAUACCAAAUGAUUGGAAAAUGGCUUUCUGAGACGGUUGAAGAGUUGGCCAUGCAUUUCUGGAGUGUGGACCCUCAACAGAGAAGUACGUACCAGUGCUGAUUAACUGAUGAUACAGCUUCUGCUAUGAGUGAAGAACUUAACAUGUCUAGUAUCGGCAGAGGAGCAGAAUUUUG